AUGGACGGCAGAAACUCGGUUGGCCGCCGCAUCUCGCUGUUGAACGAAGACUCAGCAGCUCAUGCUCCAGCACCAGUAACCCGGUUACCCUCGCUAGAGCCGGGUCUUCGUUCGCGCACUUCUAGCUAUAACUCUUCACCCUGCCUCUCGCCGCAGACUCCGCAACUUCUCCGCAGCGACUCCACCGACUCUGCGACCAUGAGCACUCCUUCGCCCACCACGCCCACUUUCAGCUACGAGCAGCCGGAAGAUUCGCCCAACAUGCAGCAAAUGCCCUACUUCAUGGGCGGUGCUUUCCACCAGCAGCAGGUCAAGCAGGAGGACAUGAUGCCGCAGUACCCUACCAUGAUGGGCCAGGUCUACGCUCACCCUCAGGCAUGCCAGGUGUUCAUGCGCCCCCCUGGCACCGAGCGCCAGCCCAUGCCGCCCACGCAGCCCAAGACAAAGAAGAACUCGUACCCGUGCCCUCUUGCGAAGGAGUACCACUGCAAGGAUUUUUUUACCACCUCGGGUCACGCCGCACGCCACGCGAAGAAGCACACCGGCAAGAAGGAUGCCGUCUGCCCGGAUUGCCGCAAGGCUUUCACGCGUAAGGACAACAUGGAACAGCACCGCCGCACUCACCAGAACGGCCGCAACGCGCGCAAUGCCGCCAAGGUGGACGAUGACAGCCGCGUGAAAAAGACCAAGACCUCUUCCCGGCCAAGGCCCACGCCUAUCCAGUCCCAGGUUCAACUCGCCUCCAUGGAUCCCAAUUCCCUGAUCAGCCCGCGCUCAAGCUUCAGCAGCGCCCCUGCCGUGCAGCCUGUCGGCGAGUACAUGACCUCGCCAUACUCUGACGGCAUGUCCUACCCGUCUCCAGAGCACUUCCAAAUGUCUCCUCAACUCUCGGCAUCCCGUCAACACAGCACGUUCGGCCUCGAGACCCUCGCUCUCGCCGCCAAAACACACAACCGCGAGGCAUAG